AGAAGUCCUGGAGGGGAUUUGGGAGCGAAGAAGAAGAAGAAGAAGCAGAAGAGAAAAAAGGAGAAACCAAAUUCUGGAGGCACCAAAUCAGAUUCUGCAUCUGACUCCCAGGAGAUUAAAAUUCAACAGCCUUCAAAAAAUCCAGCCAUUCCAAUGCAGAAGCUUCAAGACAUCCAGAGAGCGAUGGAGCUGCUCUCUGCAUGCCAAGGCCCAGCAAAGAAUAUUGAUGAGGCUACCAAACGUAAAUACCAGUUUUGGGAUACGCAACCUGUACCUAAACUUAAUGAAGUUAUAACUUCACAUGGUGCAAUUGAACCAGAUAAGGACAAUGUCCGUCUAGAGCCAUAUUCUUUGCCACAAGGUUUUAUGUGGGACACAUUGGAUCUUAGCAAUGCUGAAGUUCUGAAGGAGUUAUACACGCUGUUAAAUGAGAAUUACGUAGAAGAUGAUGAUAAUAUGUUUAGGUUUGAUUAUUCACCUGAAUUUCUUCUGUGGGCACUACGUCCUCCAGGCUGGUUACCCCAGUGGCACUGUGGGGUUAGAGUGUCUUCAAACAAAAAACUGGUAGGAUUCAUAAGUGCCAUCCCUGCAAAUAUUCGUAUUUAUGACAGCGUGAAGAAAAUGGUAGAAAUUAAUUUUCUGUGUGUCCAUAAGAAACUGAGAUCUAAACGGGUAGCACCUGUACUGAUCCGGGAAAUAACCAGAAGAGUAAACCUGGAAGGAAUUUUUCAGGCUGUUUACACUGCUGGAGUGGUACUCCCCAAACCUGUGGCCACUUGCAGGUAUUGGCAUCGAUCACUGAAUCCCAGAAAAUUGGUGGAGGUGAAAUUUUCGCAUUUGAGUAGAAACAUGACUCUACAAAGAACAAUGAAGCUCUACAGACUUCCUGAUGCCACAAAGACUUCAGGUUUGAGACCAAUGGAACAAAAAGAUACUAAAGCAGUACAAGAAUUAAUCAACACUUACUUGAAACAGUUUAAUCUUGCUCCUGUGAUGGAUGAAGAAGAGGUAGCCCACUGGUUCUUGCCUCGGGAUCAUAUUAUUGACACUUAUGUAGUAGAGGGCUCAAAUGGUAUUUUAACAGACUUCCUGAGUUUCUACACAUUACCUUCAACAGUGAUGCACCAUCCUGUUCAUAAAAGCCUCAAAGCUGCCUAUUCCUUUUACAAUAUUCAUACAGAGACCCCCCUCUUGGACUUAAUGAAUGAUGCACUCAUUAUAGCUAAAUUGAAAGGAUUUGAUGUAUUCAAUGCACUAGACUUAAUGGAAAACAAAACAUUCCUGGAAAAACUCAAGUUUGGGAUUGGAGAUGGAAAUUUGCAGUAUUAUUUGUACAACUGGAGGUGUCCUGGCAUGGAAUCCGAAAAGGUUGGUCUUGUAUUACAAUGAGGACACUUAUGUUUCUAGAACUGAGGUCAUUGUUUGAGUUAAUUUGAUCUCCAUAACUCUUGGAACGGUAUUGUUCAAGAGGAGUAAAAGCACAACGUCAGUGAUACUGAAAAUAGUCCAUUAAACCUGAACAAUGAAGACAUCCAUAUGUGACCAAAUUUAUGCAUUUUCAGAUAGAUCAGAAGGCCCAUGAAACUCUUUUAUUGUCCAUGAAAAGAAUAAAAGCACAUUCAUUUAAGUUUCAAAGCUUAGCUUGCACCUUGAUGAGAAGAAGGUAUUUUUUUUCCACUCUGUAGAAAAGACUGUUUUGUACAAACUGAACUUCAGUGGUGGAUUAGGGUACAAAAAUAUUUGCUAUUAUGUGGAUGAACUGCUGCAUUUCUAUUUAUUAAGUGGUGGUGUAUGUUUGUCAGUGUAACAGAAUGAAGGAUACAAACUUGAGUAUCUUUUGCAUAUUUACUUCGCGUGGAUAUCAUCAUUUGAGGGAAAAAUCAUGAAGUACGAUAUGUUUGUAGCUCUAUGAAAGUCCUGGAUGUUUUUGUAACUGGAGCGGUAUGACAAUGUACUGGUUUAACUAGUGCAUUUGUUUCUCCAUAAGCAACGCUGCCAAAUCAAUAAAAAUACAGAUUUGUACUUUGAUCUUCAAUAGAUCAGUGGAUUGAUUUAACAGUAUCGCACUGUUCAGUGCAGAUGUUAUCUAUGUUGCCGGAAUGAUAAUACAUUACUGUACUUAAUUUACAGUUGUGGCACAAACCUUAGUUUUUCCUCAGUAGAAUAACAUCAGCCUGUGUGUAAAACUAAGAAUUUUAGUAGUGCUAUCAGGAUAUUUAUAGUUUGAAUGUUUUCAAUGCUUCUGCGAAAUUGCACAUAUUCCUUUGUCUACUUCGAUUUCCUAUGAAGUCUGUAAUUCUAAUGAAAAGUAUCUUGUGUAAAUACGUAUUCAUAAAUUG